AUCUGUUUGCAGGUAUGUGCCCACCCAUUGUAGACAUUGGCAGCUUGCUGCCAUGUGAUCCACUACUGGGUUUAAAAGCUUAUGGAGAAGGGCACAGUAUACAAUUCCCCAUUGAGUCCCAUCUAAAGCGCACAUCGCACUCUCUGGGUGCUGAAUCCUAAACAUGUCAGACACAGAAGAUGCCACAUAUGAGGGACAACAAGACGAGGAUAUUAUUGCAGAUGCUGCAGAGGAAAAUGAAGGAGACGAAGCAAAGCCAAAGUUAAAGCCUGGUUUUGUGCCCGGCUUGGCAGCCCCCAAAAUCCCAGAGGGAGAAAUAGUGGACUUUGAUGACAUUCAUCGAAAACGAAUGGAAAAGGACCUGACGGAGCUCCACACUCUGAUUGAAGCUCACUUUGAGAAGCGUAAGAAGGAGGAAGAAGAGCUUCUUAGCCUCACGGAUCGCAUCGAGAAACGCAGGUCAGAGAGAGCGGAGCAGAUGAAGAUCAGGGCAGAGAGAGAAAAAGAACGGCAGAACAAAGUAGCUGAAGAGAAAGCGAGAAAAGAAGAUGAAGAGGCGAAGAAGAAAGCAGACGAUAAUGCCAGGAAGAAGUUGAUUCUGUCCAACUUGACUUUCACUGGAUACAAGCAGACACAGACUGGGCCAAAAAGACAAACAGAAAGAGAAAAGAAAAAGAAGAUCCUAAAUGAUCGACGCAAAGAGCUAAAUGUUGAUCAAAUGAAAGAGGACAAACUCAGGGAAAAAGCAAAGGAACUGUGGGACUUGAUGCGCCAGCUGGAGGCAGAGAAAUUUGAGCUUCAGUACAAGUGUACAAAGCAGAAGUAUGAGGUCACUGUGCUGAGAAACCGGGUCAGUGAUCAUCAAAAAGUUUCAAAGGGCAGAGGAAGCAAGCGUGGCCUGAGGAAGUAACGUCAACAUCAACCUGAGGAAAACUGACAACAUCUGACAUCCAUGAAAUUAUUGAGAAUAACGUAAACCACGUUUUCUAAAUACAUGAACAUGCAAGAAUUACAAUUGUGAAAGUAUCAUAAGGUGCUCUUAAUUAUGUUAUCUGUGAAAUGAAGUGUGUGCUGGGUUCAUCUGCAGGAAUGUAGCAGUAUAGUAGUAUAGUGUUGCAGCUUCUGUUUAUUUAACAGGGAUUUGUAAGGAGCUGUGUAACCCAUUAUAAUGACUUUAGUGUCUGAAAGGAUAAAAAUAUAACAACAUUUUCAAUGUAAUCCAAAUUCUAUGUCCUACCACCAAAUCUGUCAUUUUUAAAGUAUCCUACUAGUUGAGACUAAUUAAUUGGUUCUUGUGUGUACAAUUUUGUGGUUGCAGUGAAUUAAAAAAAAAUCUUUAACAAAUCAGGAAUAGUAUCCUCUUUCUCUUAAGCCUUUGGUUCUUUCACUUGUGGGAACUUUAAGAUGAGCACAACACUCCUUGGUAAUUAUAAAAAGCCACACCUUCUUUAAUAGUCAUGCGUAGUUUAUUCUGGCAAACCAGUUUUUAUGAUUGGCAGAUUCGGGUAAGUUCAUUUGAUUUUCUUUCUGGCUUUAUAUAUUAGACAUCCAGGCAGGCUUGAUGUGUGCCCACAGUAUUAUUGGUUUAGUAUAAAUGACCACAUAUGAGCACAUAAAUCUAUCAGUGUAAAAUUAAAUGAUUAUGAAAAAAAAAAAAAAA